UCCAUUAUGAUCAAAGAUAAUUCAAACAUGUGCCAUGUGGAUCGUCAGUCCGCUGACUGUUUGACUAGGGUUUCGACUGGGUUACUUAACACGAAUCGUAUCAUAGAUCUCCCGUUCCAGUCGAAGGACAUCAUUGUGAUUAUGGCGUUUCCACGUACAGUUCGUGUUACACAUAUCACGCCAUUGUUUAAUUCUACACCCAUCCAGUGUGUUAGAGUGUAUAGACAGUUACAUUUAGUUUGGGAUUGACUGACCAUAUCCACCACUUCCUGUUGUACCGGUCACUUUCCGAGGAUACCACCCAAGUAAAAAACAAUCAUGAUACAUGUAGCUCCAUUCCGGUAUCCAAGGACACAAGCGGACUUAGAGUGUUUCCAGAGAGAACGGCGGCAUUUUCCUCACAUAGAUAACUCUGCAAGUGUACCGAAAUACCGAUCAAGUGGACGGAGAUAUAUCCCUCAUGGAUAUGGAUUUGAUGAUGGUUGGGCACCACAUCCUCAAAAUAUACAAGUCAAAUAUUCCGAAAAUGGACCAGAUUGGAAAUCCAAACUUAAAUAUAUUCCUGAUCCAGAUCACCCUGAAUACCCAGCUGCAGAAAUUUUCCCCAAUAACUGGAAGGCCAUGCGACCAUAUCCAUUUACAUACAAGCGCUCCAGUAACGAGUGGCUGCUGGAUCCAGGAUUGACUAAAGUUGGUCUGAGGUGUAGCUUUGAUGGUGUUCAUAAAGCUACUAAUGUCUCAUCAAACGAAAUCACGCAUAAAAUGCUGUUUGGAAGAGGAAGAAAUGAGACAAUUAUAGACAAGAGGAAUGGAAUACCUUAUGCAUCAGAGGGGGACAAAACUUACCAGGCAGUAGAGUACUCGCCAGGAUUCCACAGAACAGGGUCCUCUCGCCCCUUACCAGAGUUUGGAAUGAUAAGUUCUAACUUCAAACGUCCUACUGCGGAUACGUUUGUUCCACUCCAAAGGCUGCCAGCCAUACCCAGGGAUAAUUAUCGCCACAAUGAGAGAAGACUCCAAAGAGACGACGAUAUAGCGUCUGUUAGGGGACUGGACUCAUGGAAACCAGCCACUCCCCUUCACAUGACACUACCACAAGAGGAGAAAAAAUAGAUCCAACUAACGAGGACAUGUGUCGAACUUGAAUAGCAGGCAAUUCUAUCUCUUUAAAUAAGUCGACGUCAUUUUGAAGCAUAUAUAUUUAUGAAGAAAUUGAUCACCAGGAAUUAAUUCUGAAGAUAAAGGUACGGAAAUAACAUACACUGAACUGUUUGGUUGUAUGAGAAUGUUUCAACGGAAACAGUUUUGUUUUCAAAAUUUCUUACCUACAGUAUUAUAGUAAAAGCAAACAUAGUUGGGCCGAAGAAACAGUACAAUUUUCUAUGCAUGUCUGUAGUUAUUUAUAAUAAUUGUUUAGGAAUUUUUUAGAUGUUCAUGACUGACUUUUUUGAAAAUACAAUGUUCUAUGAGGGUAAAUAAACUAUAUUAAGUCAUAUAUCUGUAUAUUUUCACAAUUACCUAUUUACAUCAUAUACUUACUAUGUUCGGACCUUGUGGUCUUAAAUUUCCAUACUUUGUAUUGAGUAUUGGUCAUUAUGUAUUUUUAUUUGAUAUGCACAAAUAGUUUAAAUCUGUACACCUGCAUUAACACGGAUGGUGACAUACGAUAUAAAUGUAAUCAAAUGUUCUGUUUUGUACGGAAAUACUCCAUUUUCCAUGUAAUUCUAUGAAAUUAAUUUUCCCUAGUCUUGUAAAUAUUGUCUUGGCUAGAGUAAGAUUUAGGCAUCAAUGAGGCGAAAAUAUGGGAGAUUAAAUGCAUUAUUUAAUACCUGUAUUCUGGGAAUCAAUUGGUUUUUCUAUAAAAUAUUUGUAAAUACCAUUUUCUCUAUUGAUGACAAUGCUUGAUGUAUUUUUAAAUGUGAUACUACUAUCUUUUCUGUGUUUUACCACUUGAUAUCUUGUCUGUGAUAACUUUUUAAUCAGUAUUAUUGCUUCAUUUUGUAAUGGAUGAAAACACACACACAAAGUGAACCAUACUCGGUAUUUUGAUUGAUAUUUAGAUGGGUAGUAUCGUGUUUGCUUGUUUGUGAAUACCGUUUGUUUUGCUCAAUUUUAUUAAUUUAUAAGGUGCUUUUUACGUUUAUUCUGCCGUUGUUUCUAUCAAUCAGAUAUUCUAUUUUUUAUAUACAUACUUUUUAUAUAUUAUCAAUAUAGGGUAGUAUAGUGUAUGCAGUAUUCAAUACGAAUAUUGUCGCCUCCGUCCAUCAAGGAAUAUCUUAUUUGGGGCUGUUAACACAGUCGUUUUAGACUAUUACGUCCAAUAAAUGCAAUGACGAAUAUUGAAAACAGCUUACAAAGUUAUGUCUAAAAAGUACUGUAGUUGACAUAACUCUCGAGACAUUGGGUAAAUAAGAAAUUGGUGACCUGAAUGUCGACAAGAUGGAGGCGUUUUCAUGGUUUAAUAUACGGGAUAUUUGUAUGAACUUGGACUGCACAAAAUUUACCGUCACAAUGCUUUGCGACGUCAUAUGAGAUACAGUUGUUGCUGUGUCAUGAUUUUCUGUGAUUUCCCAGACGACAAACGUCUAGAUAUAUUCAGGACAUGAAAUGCACUUCAACCAAUACUUAACUUAACAAUUUAAUCUUUGUUUUUGUUGAACUUGCAAGCAGAAAUACCCAAACCACUGAUAUGAUCGGUCUUCAUAUUUGUCUCUUAUUACUUCAUUUCAUAAUUUAAAAAAACAAACCUCCAGUUUUUUAAAAACAUCCUUGAUCGUGUAAACAAACGCUGUAACCAAUCAUCCCUUGCUAAAAGAGUUCUACUUUUAGGUACGACAAAAGCCAAUAUUUUAUCAUUAAUAUUUCUGUAUAUAAGGAACAUAUUUCAGACAUAAGUUCGAAAUAAAAAAUGACGUACGCUUUGUAAAGUCAAAUCAUUGUAGUAAUUUAUUGUUCUUAACAAUAAAGGAAAUUGUCUCGUGCAAAGGUGGAUGGUUUAGUGAAAUUUAAAAUUGCGUGUGUGCUUAGUUAUCUACUUUUAACACUGUUAAUGUUUAAUAUACUUUGUAAUACAUCCUUGGGUUGUAUCAACCAAUCAUACAGAAAGCAAUUAUUAAAAGAUUCUAAAUCA